AUGAAGAACACGAUUGCCCUUGUGGUACUCGGGGCUUUACCAAUAGCUUCCGCACGCGAAUGCUAUACAAACGAGACAGACCCCGUCUAUGCCGUAUCCCACUCCCUAACCCCAACAAGCCCCGACCAACUCGCCGCAUUAGACGGCUGCGAGACCCUAAUUGGCGACAUCGAAAUCGACGAAACCUUCUCCGGAUCAAUCAUACUAAACAGCGUGAGAGAAUAUUACCCACUUGGGUAA